GGAAGAAAACCCUCAGUCGGUUCAUGAGUGGCGAUCCUGAGGCUUGAGGAAAGGAAAGUCCAGAAGCAGCAUCCAGACAUGCAGCCGCCUCCCAGGAAGGUAAAAGAGAGUCAACAGGUGAAGCUGCUGUUCUCAGAGCAGCUCAGCAAACUGCAGAUGAAACAGCAUCAGGACAGCGAACUACUGGAGGAGAUCAGGUCCUUCAGUAAGCAGAGAGCAGCCAUAGAGAAAGACUACAGUCAGGCUCUCCAGAGGUUGGCUGUCCAGUUCCAGAAGAGAGACUGGCAAAGAGGAAACACAGACGCUGUGUCUUCAGGGAGUGUGUUUGCUGUGUGGAGGUCGGUGGUCGAUGCUACAGCUCAGACGGCUGCUUCUCGACUGGCUGCUGGGGAACAAUACCGCACACUGAUUGGACAAGUCUCCAGAAGCCUCCGCAAUGCCAAGGACGUCCGAGCAAAGAGAGGCCUGGAGCAGCUGCAGAAGGUCCAGGCUGAGCUGGUGGAGGCUCUGAGAGAGCUGCAGAGGCUGAAGAAGUCCUACCAGCAGGUCAACCACAUCGCUGGAGCUGCCAGAGAGAAAGCUGAAGAUGCUCAGAGCAGGUCCAGGAAGAGUGAACACGGGAUCUUCCACUUUAAAACAGGACUUCAUAAGAUGGCUGCUAAGUUGGUUUCCAGACUGAAAGAGUCAGACGACCGUCUGACUGAAGUCCGUAAUGAAUAUCUGCUGACAUUAGCAGCAGUCAACGCUCAUCAGAAACACUAUUACAGUACAGACCUACCACGGACCAUGGCGCAGAUGGACGGUGGCGUUUAUGAUGAUCUGAGAAGUUAUUUCACUCUGCUGUGUGGGACGGAGAUGGAAGCCUGUCUGAACACACACCAACAGUACGGCCGGAUAUGGGACAGCGUUGUUAAGGUGACCAGAGACAGAAAUGUUCAACAGUUUCUGCAGGAAUCUGCCUCCUUCAGCAAAUCAGCUGAAUUCUCAUUCCAGCCUGCUCCACGAGACCAGGUGUUUUCUCUGCAGGAGGUUUGUCCCGACGAUGAGGCUGGUCUGGUGAAGGAGGCCAAGAAAUGGAUCCAAAAGGCGGCUAAGGAUUUUAAGAUCACAGCUCAUGGACAGAGAGCUCUGCAGAUGUUGGAGAGUCGACUGAAGCUUCUUUCAGGAGAAACUGGACUCAGCGUGGAGCAGAAGAUCUCCGAGGUGCAGGAGAACAUCAGGAAGGCGAAGCUUAGCAGGGUGAAGGCCGAGGCCCGGCUCGCUCUGCUGGCCCAGAGCAUCGCAGGAACCGAACGCUGGCUUCAGGAGGCGAUGGACCGGGCCGAGCAGGACCUGGAGACGGAGCGACGCCUCAGCGAACAGAGGAAGUCCACGGAAGACUUUUCAGAGGACGAGUUCGAGCUGACUGACUUCGAGGACUAUGAAGACGAGAACGCAGACAUCUUUGCAGAUCCAGUUUCAGCUUCUGAAGUGUGUGUUUACCCUGCAGCCUGCAGAGUGGUCUACAGCUACCAGGCCAGCCAAUCAGAUGAGCUGUCAAUCACUGAAGGGGAGGAGCUUGAAGUGAUAGAAGAUGGAGACGUGGAGGAUUGGCUGAAGGUGUGUAACUCCUGCGGUCAGGUGGGCUAUGUACCUGAGCGCUAUGUGCAGUUCCUGUGUCUACCUGCAGAUGAUGCCACUCAGCUGGAUGGCUCAUUCAGCUCCACGUCCCCCACAGGAAGUAAAAAGAAGACUGGAAGCAGAGGUGUUGUCAGAGCACUGUACUCCUACCAGGCUCAGAGCGCAGAGGAGCUUUCCUUCCAGGAGGGGGCGCUGAUCCACCUGAUAUGCUGUCGUCAUGGACAGGUGGAUGAUGGAUUCUGGGAGGGAGAGCUGGAUGGACAAACUGGUUUCUUCCCUUCGCUAGUGGUGGAGCUGCUGCAGGAUGAAGGUGAAGAGGAAGAGGAGGAGGACCCUCCAGUAUCCUCCAGGCCUCCCCUGAUACCUCCUGCUUUCAGCAUGGUGCCCCCUGCUGGUGUGGAGGUGUUGCAGCUGGCAGGAUCAGUGGGCGACUCUCCAGAACCGUCCAGCGGUCGACUGAGACCGGUUCGAGCUCCACCUCCUCCUCCAGCACACAAGACUGGACCCUGAGACCAGCACCAGGACCGACUCAGACCUCCUGAGACCAGAACCAGGACCGACCCAGGUCUCCUGAGACCAGCAUCAGGACUGGCCUGGUUUUGAUCAGGGUUCAGCAGAGUCGUAGUUUAUCUACUAAACAUCUAAGAGGGAAGAUGAACUAAUAUUUAUGUAGAAAAGUCUGUUUGUGUGCCGCUUUAUUCAGACAUAUUCUAGUUAUCAAACAGCUGAAUAUAUCAAAGAAAAUCAGACAUAUCAGAUCAAAUCAGAUCAAAUCAAAUACAGCAGCUUUAACUGACAAAAGUCUUUCAUUUCUUCCAUUAAUAGUAUUUCUUGAUAUUUUAAAGCUUUUAGUGAAGUUAAAAUUUCUUCUGCAGAAGCUCAUAUUUCCUUUUAACCACUAUAAUAAUGUGUUUUUAUCAUCACUAUCACAAAUAAUUAGAAAUGUCUGAAUAGUUUCAGAUUCUUUCAAAGUGCUUCUCUGGAUAGAUGACAGUAAAUUCUGUUCUUCAUUUAUGUACUUUCCUUGUAUUGAACCAGUAGUUUCCCUUUGAAUGUUUGUAUUUCAUCAUUAGGACUGUAACUAAAGGAGUGGUUCUGGUUCUGAUCCAUUAUUGAUCAUUAGGACUGUAACUAGGGGCGGAUCCAGAUUAAUUUUAGUGGGGGGGAACGGGGUACAACACAUAUUUUUUUUGGGGGGGGGGUAAGAAAAAAUGAAAGCUGCUACUGACCUCUCGCUUUUACAAAGUAUUUUUCAUGGGGGUGUUUUGGCUCUUUAACCCAAUAGGAAAGCUGUAUAUGACCUUUUCAUUUUGGACUGUUAACAUUCAAAUUAUGAUGGACUUGUUUCCUUGUUUAUGUGAAUUACAGCAUCAUUAGCUGCAACAUCUGCCUGUUAUGUAAAACUGGUAGCUCAACGACAGCAUCCUGAGGGCAAUUAAGUGACAAAUAUUGUGCAAGAACAGCACUAUUACAACCCUGACAAUUUCCACUUCUUAGAAUGUUUACUGCCAAUUAUCACACAUAAAACAAUAAAUAAUAUUCUGUACUUUUAGCAAACAGUUCUCAGCUGUAAACCAUAAACAUCGCAGGGUUCUUUAUGCUAAUCAGUCUAAAUCACAAUGAGUACUACCUGUAGGAGCAGAUUUGAAACUGCUCUGUAAUUAUAUUGGUGUCAGUGGGUUUCACUCGUAAUUAAUCGAUUGUCAUUUUACCUGUAUAAGGUAGGAACCUUUGUGGCUAGGUAGGGUUUCCAGCCGGAAGGGACAAAUCGGUUUUUGACCGCGGAAUGCUGUACGCCGAACGGCAACUUGUGAACGGGAAUCUCUGCACUUUGGAGUUUUCUGGGAAACCAAUAAAGACACUGUGUUCAAGGCAGUUAAAACGAGUUGGACUUUCAUCCGUUAGUUCGGUUAUUAAGCGCGUCAGUUCCGUUUUUAUGGUUCCCGGUUGGAGGCUCUCAGUGGCUUAAAGCAUUUAGCCUCUUUAACACAAGUCAAAAACUGCUUUGAAAAGUUCAACAACGGCUGCUAGGACUUUGUUGUCGCGUUUUGCUGGUGAGGACGGGAGGACAAGGGAGGCAUGGCGGUGGCGGAGGCUUGGAGGAGACACCUGAGCGGAGCAUCACCUGUUUACCUGCGUUCCUGGACGCAGCUGCGGGAGAAGAGGAGAGACGCCGGUGAGGACGCGGAGAAGGUUAGUGUGUUUGUUUGUGGUCUUUCUGUUUCUAGGUGGAAGCUGAAUUAGUGAGGAUGACUCCUGCUCCUGUCAUCUCUAAGCUCCUCCCACAUCUUUACCUGCACAUGAGGAAAAUCACUCCUGUAGAAUGCAGAUGCACAAUGAGGGACGUCUGCAGAGACUGAGAAAGAGUCUCACCACAUCCUGACAUGAGGAAAAAGACUUUAUUGAAGACUACAAUGAGAAAAACUAUCAGACAGCAGACGGCUGCAUUCAAGUCUGUAGCUGCUGAAUUCAUGGAUGAAUCAUCUGGCACUAGAGAGGAAGACCAUCAAACAUCCACGUCAGCUGAUGGAGGUCCAAGAGUCUCACCCAACAAACAACCUACAGAGUGAAGACCUCCAAUCUGAUUGGACGGCCUCCUAUUCAGCCACAUUUUAGGCUGUUAGAUUGUUCCAGAUAAGACAAGUACAAGAUUCUUCAGAGCCGUUCUACCACGAGCCUGACAGGAAGAACUCCAACAGCUACUGAAUGUUCCUGUGGUUCCCUCAAGGCUACAGGAGGAGUCCUACGAGGACGAGCCGGUCCACCUGAUGGAGGCCAGUCGCUGCGGUUCAAAGCCAACACCGACUACGUGGACUUCUACUGGACCACACGGAGGCCUUCAAACCGGACCAACAAGUUCAGCGACUCCCCGACUCGUGGGUCUGAGGACGCCGCCGAGCCUCGGUCCAGCCGGCCUCCUGUCUGUGGGUGUUUGAGUGCUGAGAGGUUUGUGGAUGCAUGUGAACGUUCUGUGUUGAAACAGCAGCUUUGGACUCAGUAACGCCGGGAAAAACCAAGAGCUCCUUUAUUUGUGACUUCCACUAAAAAAACUGAUGAAAAUAAGUUUGCCAGGGUUCUGACUGAUAACAGAUUAUUAAAUAAUGAAAAUAAUCAGUUUAAAUAUUCCUUUAAACAAUCCUUUUAGGUCUACAUUUCCUUUACACUGACUUCUUGGUAUAUGUACAAGUAUUUUGGGUGGAAUAUACCAUUAAGCCCAAUGUUCAAGGGUUCUUCUGGGAAUAUACCAUUAAACCAACCUUUUAGGUAAAUGUUCCAGGAUGUUGGGUAGAAUAUACCAUCAGAUCAACCUUUUAGGUCUACAUUGGAAGAUUUUAGAGUAGAAUAUUACUCCAAACCAUCCUUUAGGUCUACAUUUAAGGUGGAAUACUCCUUUACACCAAGAUUUUUUGGUCUACAUUGAAGGAUUUUAGGUGGAAUAUUCCUUUGAACGAACUUUUUAAGUUUAUGUUCAAGGAUGUUGGGUGGAAUAUACCAUCAGACCAACCUCCAAGGUCUACAGUAGUGAAUUUUAGGUGGAAUAUACCAUUAAACUCACCUUUUAGGUCUACAUUGGAGGAUUUUAGGUGGAAUUUUCUUCCAAACCGUCUUUUAGUCUACAUUUAAGGAUGUUUAGGAUGGUAUAUUCUUCCAAACCAACUUCUCAGGUCUACAUUUCAGGUGGAAUAUUCCUCCAUACUAACUUUUUUGGUCUACAUUGAAGGAUUUUUUUCUAAACCACCCUUUGGGGUCUAUAUUUGAGGUUUUAGGUGGAAUAUUCCUUUUAACCAGCCCCUCAGGUCUCUUUGAGGAUUUUGGAUGGAAUACUCAGUUAAAGCAACAUUUUAGGUGCAUGUCCAAGGAUUUUUGGUGGAAUGUUCCUUUAAGGUGGAUGUGUGAGGACCUUGUAGGUGGAAUACUUCCUGAAACCAACCUUUUAGGUCAACAUUCAAAGAUUUAAGGUGGAAUAUUCCUUUAAACCAACCUAAAUUUCAUGUUUUGAUCAUUAUCAAGUGAGAAACCUCAAUCCAGACUCCUCAUAAUGACGUUUGAGAUUUAUGCUGCUGUUAUUUGUUUAGUCCAGACUAAAUGACAGAAAUCCACAACUGUAAUUUUAUUUCAGGACUCGGUUAUUAAAUGUCAAAACAAUCCAUGUGACUCUAAAAACUCAACAGCUUUACAAACUCUAAGAUUAAACUCUCCACAAGGAUCCAAAAUAAGUUGGACUUCUACAUGAGAGCUUUAAUUAUUCUUCAUCUACUUCCUGAAAAGUUUGGUCAAUAAAAAAGACAAAAACUAAUAUUUUCAGCUGAACUAAAGACAGACUUUGUGAUUUUUCUGCUCACAUGUUGUGUUGUUGUAAACUUCCUCUUUCAAAUAAAUAGCCUCCUAACCCCCUGGAAA